AUGGACCACGACCCCAAAGUCCCAACAUACCAAACGUCAGACCCCACGUCUUUUGCCCAUAAAUCCGCGCGCGAGCGCUGGCCCGCGAUCGUAACGGGCGCCAUUGACGAUGUGCACCGCACGGUGUCAUGCAUCCCGGACUCCGACAAGGACGCCCUCGCCGAGGGCAAAGCCAUCACGUCGGCGCUGGCGACCCUGAAAUACGAACUCCAACAUAAUCGCGUGCUUGGCCCCAUUGCGGACGACGGCUUCCCGGACGUGGAACUGUACAAUGACGAACUAGCCGCCAGGGGCCCGCCCACAUGGCAUAACGUCGAGUGGCUGUUCUCGGAAUGCUACCUGUAUCGACGCAUCGCGACGCUGUUCAGCACUGCGACGACGAAACCGUGGAGGGACUACGACCCAUUCUACAGGCAGAAGAUGAAGACUUUUAGAUCAUCCAGGCCGGCCGUGCUGGAGCUCUGUGCGCGCUACAGGCAGAUCGUCGAGCAAAUCCGGGCCUCGAGCCGCGAUGCGCCCGUGGGCGCCGACGUCACGGACCCGACGGAGAUCGAGGAGGCCGAAAAACUGCUGUUUGUCGAGAUGGCGGAGAUUUGUCUCUGGGGCAAUGCCACGGAUCUGUCCCUCCUGACGAGUCUGAGUUACGAGGAGAUCCAGAAAUUGCAGGGCAGCAAUGCGCGCAAGGAGAGCGAGAAGAACAUCCUGGUGAAUGAUUUCGGGGCGGCCUUCGCUGUGCUGACGCGGGCGCUCAAAGCCAAGCGGGAGAUUAGACGCGUCGACAUUGUGCUCGACAACGCCGGGUUUGAGCUGUUUGUCGAUCUGAUUCUGGCGGGGUACCUGCUCGCGACGGGCCUGGCGACCGAAGUGGUCCUUCACCCGAAGGACAUCCCGUGGUUCGUGAGCGACGUGGUGCCCAAGGACUUUUCGGCGCUGCUUUCGGCCAUGGCAGACCCAAGGGCGUUCUAUGAAGAUUCUCCGGACGCGGACGCGGACGCGGACGACGAGCCCGACAACGACAAACCGGCUCCGCUGGCCGAGGAAGAGGUCGCGAACGUGCAGUUCCUCUUCGACCACUGGAGCCACCUGCACGGUGAAGGGAAGUUGAUCCUGCGGCCGAACCGGUUCUGGACCCACGCGGGGAGUUUCUGGCGCCUGCCCGCCGUGGCGCCGGAGUUGAUGGAGGAUCUGAAGGAGAGCGAGUUGGUCGUGUUCAAGGGCGAUCUCAAUUACCGAAAGCUGACCGGUGAUGCUGCAUGGCCUGCCACCACGCCCUUCACGGAAGCCAUCGGUCCGCUUGGACCCGGUUCAGGGCUCAGAGUACUCGCGCUGCGCACGUGCAAGGCCGACGUCGUGGUCGGGUUGCCGGAAGGGAAAGACGAAGAGAUCCGCGCGAUGGAGGGAGGGGGCGGUGAUUUCGGCGCCAGGAAGUGGGCGUGGAGUGGCAAGUGGGCUGUUGUGCAGUUUUCGGACGGCAAAGCUUGA